AUGUCGUCAUUUGACACCUUUCACAAUGGUGGCACCGGUCCCACCUCUUCGUCAUCGGGUUGGAACGAGCAUUCUUACUUUGACCAAGAAGGUAGUCUGAACUCACCUCCAAUCACUGAGCACUUUGCCACUGGCGGCACAGGCAGUAGCACGAGUAGCAGCAGUGGUGUCGGUGGUGCCAAAGGCAAGAAUGACAUGACUUCACCCCCGUCCUCCUCCAACUCCAUCCCCCAUUCGCCACCAUCGUCACCGGGCGCACUCGACGACGAUGACAGCAAGGAUGGAAAUGACGAUGGAUGUGGUGAGGGCAAGUCAGAGAAGCAAAAGACCAGAAGAACGAACCAGAACAUAGCAAGCAGGAACUAUAGGCAGAGAAAGAAGGUUUACAUCAAGGAGAUGGAGGAUAGGAUACAUCAAUUGAUGAUGGAGAAUGAUGGACUUAAGAAGGACUUGAGCAAGAUUGGUAACAAUCCAAUUGAGUUGCUAAAGUUCCCUCAAGAGUUGGCAUUCCUCAUGACAAACAUUAGGAAGAUAGUCAUUCAAUUGGAUCAAGCAUUGCGCAAUGGUGAAUCAGACUUUGUACUCAGGACCAUCCUGAACAGCUGGAACACCUCAAUGGACCAAGCUUCAGCACUCAACGAGAAGGAGAUCGAGAAGUUCGUCCAUCCUUAUACACAGGUCAAGCUCACAUUGUUGGGAUACAAGCCAUUCAGCAACCCUUGGACAGACUUUGUAAUGAACUCUAGCCAUAUCAAUUGGUGGCCACGCUAUACGGACAAGGCCGAGUUGACUUUGGAACAGAAUGAGCAAAUUACAAGUUUAUGGGCAGCCUACUCGGAGGAGGACGCAACGCUGCGCAAGGAGAUGUCGGACCUGGACGAGAAGAUCAAGAAGUUCUACAUGUCCAAGGUGAUCAUCUUGCCCGACUGCGAGAAGCUCAACGUGUUGGCGCAGUCCAACAUCCCGAUCGAGGACAGCCCCGAGGGCGAGACUGCAGAGAUUGGCGACAUCCUGGAGUUCACGUUCAACCUGGAGCGAUUGAAGCAGAAGUUCAUCAAGGUGAGCCGUCUGAUGUGGGACACGUCCAAGAAGAUGGGCAAGUUCCUGUCGACGCGCCAGGAGGCUAUCCUGCUGGUGCUGGUGCACUCCAACACCAAGUACAUCCACCAGAACAUGGAGAUGGCCAACAACCUCUGGAACCAACUGAACCAAUCGAACUACCGCCAGCUGGCAACAACUCGUGCGAACGGCGCUGGCGUCUCGCCCGGCAUGGCCGGCCUCAAGAUGUCAAUGUCGUCCUCUUUCUCACCGCUGGGCAGUGGCGUCAGCAAGAGCAUCAUCACAAGCUCGCCCUCACCUCCAUUGCACUCGUUCGACAACAGCAACAAUCCACUGGCGAGCUACCAGGCCAACUCCAACAUUGGCAUGUUCUCUCCGCACCAAUCCUACCGCCUCCCGCCCCAGACAGUGCAGGCGCCACAGCACCCACAGUUUGUGCUCGGCAUGCACCAGACGCCCGGCUUCCCCGCCCAGCAACAACAGUUCACCGGUCCGAUCAACGACCAGUUCACACCCAGCAACACUCCGCCAGGCGGCUCGUCAGGCCGCUUCCCCAACGCCAACCACAACAACAACAACAACAACAACCACCACCCUGUUGCUUCCAACAACACCAACGCCACUGGCGGCAACAACAGCGAACCAUCCUACCAAUUCCACUACUACAAUCCGAUUCAAUAG